UUUAUGAAGAUACUUUUUCUGCGGGAAAAUUAUUGUUUGUAUUAUCAUAUAGCAGAAAAAUGAAAAUCAGCAUGAGGUGGCCAUAUUUGAGAUGGUUAGCAGUAGUUGUGGUAGUACUCGUAUUGCAAGGACACGGCACAAUGUCAGCUCCUAAUCCCAGCAACGACGAUAUGAUGAGAGAACUGCUCAAACUAGACCAAAUGUAUUCUUCGAUCGCAAGACCAAGUUUGCGGAGUGGUCCAGUCCAAACAGAAAUUAGGCCGAGAGUUGUUCAACGAGCCAUCAUCAGGCUGCAAGAACUCGACCGACUUUAUGCGGACCGGGCUAGACCUAGAUUUGGAAAACGGACACCACAGACUGAUAACAAUCUCACCCCUUUCGACUAUGAUAAUACGUAUCAGAGCGAUCAAGACAUUGGUGAAUGGCUGCCAGCACGCAGAUGAGGCUUUUUCAACAUUCAGAUGAUCUUUCAGUUUCUGUCUCCCCAGCCCAGUAGACAAUCACAAUGAGUUUCCGUCAUCGUCUUCAAACUUACUUUUUCCGGCAGAUAAACCUGUUAUUGUUGCUGAAAAUUAUUUAGUCCUAAUAAAGCAUAUUUGUGGCCUAACAA